UGUUAUUUGAAUUCUAAUUUUUUAAAAUCAAACCCUACCUAAAAAGUGAUGGUGAAGAUAGAGAAAGCACGUGAGGGAAUAUUGUGCAUCAUUAUCUGUUUAAGAACGAUCCGAUCCACGUAUUCAUGUCACGCCUAGAUCCGAUCAACGUCGUCGCCGGCACUUUCGAAUGAGAAUUAAAAUAGCUUUUCAGCGGGAAAACGUUACUCACAGUCACUGAUAACUCCACCGGAACGGAAAAUCCAUCUCGCAUUCUAGCUCUACAAUUCUCGAGAGAGUAGAGAUAUCUGGUCGAGUUCUUCGUUUUUCUCCAUCCGCAGAAACAACCGUUCAGAGAUUAACGAAUUAUGGCACGAUUCACCCGGGAACUAGCCUCGUCUGCUACCUCUGUCGUGAUCCUGUCGAUUUUUGUUCUGUUUAACAAUCUAUCGUCGUCUGUGUUUGUUUCUGCCGUCGUCCUUGAUCCAAGCACUACUAUACUCCAUCCUCCGAAUGCUGAUAUCAAUCGCCAAACCAUGUUUCUACCUCUUUUUCCUUCUCCUCCUAGCUCCUCCCCGAUCUCCUCGUUCUCCGGCGACGGAAAAACUCAGCUUCACCUCCAGAAAUCUGAUUCUCAUCGCCGGAACGCGCGGAUGGCUCUCCAUGAUGAUCUCAUCAUCGACGGGUAUUACACAACGUGGCUGUGGAUUGGAUCUCCACCUCAGAAGUUUGCUCUUAUUGUGGACACAGGGAGCACUGUUACUUAUGUUCCAUGUUCUACUUGUCAAGAAUGUGGCAAUCAUGAGGAUCCAAAGUUUGAUCCAAAGUCAUCCAGCACUUACAAAUCUGUGAAGUGCAACAAGAAUUGCACAUGUGACAAAGACAAAAAGCAAUGUGUGUAUGAAAAUGUAUAUGCCGAAUUCAGUUCUAGCAGUGGUGUUCUUGGUGAAGACAUCAUAUCUUUUGGCAACCAAAGUGAAGUUUCACCUCAACGUGCCAUUUUCGGUUGUGAAAAUGUGGAAACUGGUAAUCUCUACAGCCAACAUGCUGAUGGAAUUAUAGGUUUGGGUCGUCGUUAUCCGAGUCUAGUUGACCAACUUGUUGACCGAGGUGUAAUCAGUGAUUCCUUCUCUUUGUGUUAUGGUGGAAUGGACAUUGUUGGUGGUUCCAUGGUUCUUGGUGGCAUUCCACCCCCCUCAGGAAUGGUGUAUUCCUACUCAAACCCUGCACGUAGCCCAUUUUACAAUAUAGAUCUGAAGGAGUUGCAUGUCGCUGGAAAGCGGUUGGCUUUGAGUGAGACUGUUUUUAAUGGAAGUCUUGGAACAGUUAUAGACAGCGGAACAACAUAUGGUUACCUACCUGAAGCAGCUUUUCUUGCAUUUAAGAAAGCUAUCAUGAAAGAAGUCCAUUCUGUCAAACAGAUAAAAGGUCCUGAUCCAAGUUAUGAUGACAUUUGCUUUUCUGGUGCUGGAAGUGAUGUUUCACAGCUCGUGAAGAGCUUUCCUUCUGUUGAAAUGGUGUUUGGGAAGGGAGAAAAGCUGUUACUAACCCCCGAGAACUACUUGUUCAGACACUCAAAGGUGCAUGGUGCAUAUUGCUUAGGGAUUUUUCAAAAUGGAAAUGAUCCAAUGACUAUGCUUGGAGGCAUUAUUUUUCGCAAUACUCUUGUUAUGUAUGACAGAAAAAAUGACAAGAUUGGAUUUUGGAAAACUAAUUGUUCUGAUCUACGUGCACCACUUGCUGUGUAAGGUUUAACCGAGUAGAAACUAUUUAAUACCUUAUGCUCAGAACUCUUCUUCAUCAUAUGAUUUGGUUUCAUGUAUUUAAAGAUAAGGUCUUUACGUAAUAUUUGUUAGAUUGAUUCUUGUGAUUAUAUUCUAUUGUUGUAAUUUAUCAUUCAUAGGUCAAACAAGUUCAUAUCCAUUUACUAUUGACACUUACAUUAUAUAAACAUGAG